AUGUCGCGAUUAAUUUUCUGGGCCACGACCCUAUCCACUUUGGUCACCGGUCGUCCGGUAGCCGAGUGCUCGUCUAAGCCACCGGCGUUUUUCUUGGCGGGCGAUUCCACGACAGCGAUCAACGGUGGAUGGGGUGAUGGCUUACUUGCCGCGCUUAAGAGUCCCGCUUGGGGCUUGAAUAUCGGGAAGAGCGGCGCGACGACAGCCUCAUUCUCGGCCGGUGGUUACUGGGCGAAUGUGACAAAGCACCUGAAGGAUAAUGUGGACAAAUAUGAUUGCUACGUGACUAUCAGUUUUGGACACAACGACCAGAAGUCCACAAGCGGAGUUACCUUCGAGCAGUACCAAGCCAGCCUCAUUCGCUUUGCUAACGAGGUUAAAUCACUAGGCGGCACUCCACUCCUAACAUCGUCGCUCACACGCCGGGCCUUUCCCGCGCACCAAGACCACAACGCGACUGAUUCACUACAUGACCAACGCCUGGCGGCCAUUGCAGCGGCCAAGGCGACAGACUCGACUGUUAUCGACCUUAAUGAAGCAAGCUUGAAGUAUGUUAAUGCCAUAGGGAAGCAAGCUGCCUACGAAUAUAACUACGGUUCGGACAAGAAGGACACGACGCAUCUAAAUGAGCGUGGGACUAUCGUGUUCGGCCGCAUGGAGGCAGAUCUAAUAAUCCGCGCGAAACCAUGCUUGGAGAAGUAUUUCACCCCCAAUAAGACCCUUAGCGACGCUAUUUGGAACAACCAACCUGCAUAA